AUGGCUGUCAUGGUUUCACCGCCCUUUCAACAACUCUUCAAAAGUGUUCGGAGUUACAGGAAAAUUAACCGAGAUGAAUUCAGGGAUUCGAUUAGAAAAAGUGAUCUAUGCUGUCCAAAUACAUACUCCGGAUAUGACACAAACACACUUUUCAACUUAUAUGAAUCCACCUUCGGGCAAUUCAUAGAUCAAUAUGCUUCUAUAAAAUGUAUUAAAGUCCGCUCAAAAUCCAGGGGCUGGUUUGAUGAUGAAUGCUACAAGAUAAAACAUUCUACACGAAGAUUUGAGAUGAUAUAUCGUUCAACAAAAAACCCAAUCGAUCUCAAUCGCUGGAAGAGUGCGAUAGAUUUAAAAAAACUAAUUCAAUCGUCAAAUGGGAAAUCAUGCAGUCUUGAUCCGCUCUCAACAUUUCUUCUAAAAGAACAAUUGGACUUGCUCUUGCCAUUUUUGUGCCACCUGCACUCCACAAUGAAUUUUGAAAACAGAUGGGUCUUGAGAUCCGCUCUGAACUUCGCAAGUGAUGGAGAAGUAGUCAGAGAAGUAGGUAGAGAGUUCCAGAGAAAAGGACCAGAAAAAGCAAAAGCAGAUUUGGCAAAAGAGUGUUUAACACGAGUUAAGAAAAAGCGAGAAGAAGAAGACGAUCGUAAACCGGGGCGUUUAGAUAAUGUUCACAUUGGCGAUAAGGCCUUGAAAUAUUUGACAAGAAUGAAAAAAUUGCGAACGGUCAUUUUAACAGGAACAUCUGUUUCAGUUUGUAUUUGCAAUUGUUACCAGUACUGUAUAGUUGUUUGUGAAUUUUUAUUUAAAACAUUAAAGGAUCUUUGUGUCACAGAGUUGAAAGCCAUGUUGAAACUCAAAUCGUCUACUUACCAUGAAAUAUCAUCGUUGCUAGAAGUCAAAACGAGUGGCUGGGCAGCACCGGUCGUCAAUUAUUGGAAGAGCCACGAAUUGAGGCAUAUUAAUGGCGAUGAACAAUUUACGGUAGACGAGAAAAAUGACGUAUGUCGCGGCAGCAGAAAAAGAUUUUGUGAGUUAAUUACUCUUCUAUUCAAUUUUAUUUUAUUUUAA